AAUGUCUGCGUCUAAACUAUUGAUGCCCUUAUCAAUAAUAGACGAAGGAGAAGAAGACAUUCCUGAAAAAGAAGAAGAUACUGAUUUAGAAGAUCGGUAUGUGAGAAAAGUGUGUAUUCACGGUAUUUGUGAAGAAAAAUCUGUUACUGCAAUUGAUUCAGAAAUAUCUGGAGAAGCGGUUGAAGAAGAAUACAUUAAUUUGGAAGAAAUAAAUAAGGAUGGUGAUUUGGAUGAAACGUUUGCUGCAAGUGACUUCACAGAUGCUGAUUGUGGAGAACCGAUGCAAAGCCAAUUCCUGAGGCUCGACUUCACGCCGAUUGAAGGCGUCGAUGACAAUCCUCAUAUAGUUAAGAAAUGCAGUGAUUUCUGGCAGUUUAUCUACAGUCAAACUAAAUUACAAGGACUGAUGGUCAUGCCUGAAAAAGGUUACGAAGAAGUCAUCGCGGCGUCAAGUAGCGAAACAAGUCUAGAGAAGUGUCAAAAUGUCCCGACUCCCGCACUGGAGUGGCUAGAGACGGGAGUCGGUCAAAAAAUGGCGUUCGCUGCCAAACAUGAGUCGAAGUACUGCGACCACCACAACGGGGACUACAUGGAGGAAACAUCAUCACCGAAGGUCAAAGAAGCUCAAAAACACAAAAGUGCAGAAAAAGGUCUCAUCUGGAAGCAAACUGUGACUCCAGAGUCGCGGAUGUUGGCGGGAAUGGAUAUGAAAGACUCGUGCUCCGGCUCACUCGGAGCCUCGCCGGCUGAAUAUCAAUCGGCUGAGCCUCAAUUACUGCGAUCCGCGUGUGCUGCCGGUUGUUUGCCAGACAAUGGGAUGGACUUUGAUUGGGAUAUUUGUAAUCGAGACCCUUCUAAUGGAUCCUAG